GUUUGAAGGCAUAGAGUAUCCUUGCAAGCAAUGAAUCGCUUCUCACCAGUCCGAACACUACUCAACACCUCUGUGAAGACCUACACGCGAUCGCCCAACACUCGUGCUAUGCAUAUCCAGAGCAUUCCUAUGUGGGUGGGGAGUAGCAACAAUUACGCAUAUCUGGUUGUCGACGACAAGAGCAAGGAUGCUGUCAUCAUUGACCCUGCCAACCCACCAGAGGUUGCACCGGUGCUCAAGGAGGCCAUCGAGGGCGGCAAGAUCAACCUCAAAGCCAUUGUGAAUACCCAUCACCACUGGGACCACUCUGGCGGUAACAAGAAGCUGCUCGAGGAGCUCAAGACACCAAAGCUCACUAUCAUUGGAGGCAAGGACUGCGAAGGCGUUUCCGAGACGCCGAGCCACCAGUCCACCUUCAAGAUUGGCGACAUCCACGUUGAGGCGGUGCAUACGCCGUGCCACACCCAGGACAGCAUCUGCUGGUACAUGAGGGACGGAGACGAGAAGGCCGUGUUCACCGGCGAUACGCUCUUCAUUGGCGGAUGCGGCCGGUUCUUUGAGGGCAACGCUGAGGAGAUGCACAAGGCUCUGAAUGAGCGACUCGCCUCUCUGCCAGAUGAAACCAUUGUCUACCCUGGUCACGAGUAUACAAAGGCCAACAUCAAAUUUGCCGUCUCGGUUCUGCAGAGUGAGCCUGUGAAGAAGGUUGAGAAGUUUGCCGAGGAGAAUCAGGUGACCACCGGCAAAUUCACCAUCAAGGACGAGAAGGUAAGUUGCCCUGUGCCACUCCAUCAUGGCGCAGAUCUGACGAUUGAACAGCUCCACAACGUCUUUAUGAGACUCGAGGACCCUGUCAUCCAGCAGGCCACAGGCGAGAAGGAGCCGGUGAAGGUGAUGGCCAAGCUGAGGGAGAUGAAGAACAACUUCAAGCCUGGAGAGUCCAAGAUCUAA